AUGAUGAUGAUGAUGAUGAUGAUGAUGAUGAUGAUGAUGAUGAUGAUGAUGAUGAUGAUGAUGAUGAUGAUGAUGAUGAUGAUGAUGAUGAUGAUGAUGAUGAUGAUGAUGAUGAUGAUGAUGAUGAUGAUGAUGAUGAUGAUGAUGAUGAUGAUGAUUUUAUUCAAUCAUUUUAUUUUAUUUGUUAUAUUAAUUUACAAUUUUAUUUAA